GGAGACCCGAAUGCGUGUCAGCUACAGGACUGGGAGAGUGGUUCCUGACGAUGCUGGCCGUUAGCUGGAUUGUCGUGUCCUUCGCCGCUGCCGCGCUGGCGGUCCGCCCUCUGCCUCCGUAUAUCAAGCCCUGUGCGCGGAGUGACCCCAAGUUCAACGACUGCACAUUGCAACAUGGAAACGAAGCCAUUCCGUAUAUAGUCAAAGGUGACAGCAGCUACGAUAUAACAAACGUGGACCCAAUGGCGAUAAAAGUGAUAGACGUGAAGAAUGGCCCCAAGCAAGCCGGGCUCCACCUCACACUGAGGGACGUUAAACUGCACGGCCUGAGGACCGCCGUGUUGCUGAAGUCAGAUUUUAAUUUCAAGAAGAGGCAUUUCAGCCACGACUUCAGCAUCCCUCUACUGAAACUCCUGGGGAAGUAUACCAUAUCCGGUCGACUGCUGCUGCUGCCAAUCCAUGGCAACGGGGACAUCAACGUGACGAUGGUGAACAACAUAGUGACGUACUCCUACGACUGGGUUCUGGAGCAGAAAGGAGAGUACAAACAUCUGUUGUUGAAGGACCCUGUGGCUGUCAUAAAGCCCUCCAAAGCUUACAUCCACUUGUCGAACCUGUUUGAUGGAGACAGGUUCAUGGGCGAGCGACUGAACGAGAUCAUAAACGACAACUGGCAGGAUCUGUUCAGAGACAUGGCGCCGAAAAUAGCUCACGAAAUUGCGGUGGUGAUAAGUUCCAUUGUCAACAACAUCGCGAAAGACGUGCCUUAUGACGUCAUAUUCCCCGAGAGGCUGCCCUGACCCCAAGAUGGUUCUCUGCACAUCCGCUGACUUCAUACGUGAAAAUGUGUGUGUGUGUGUGUGUGAUGGCAAACAUUCUGAUGUUCGUGCGUGUGGGGUGACGCAUGCAUCUGUCACCUCUUUCCUGUACUCCUGAACAUACACAGAAUCUGCUUACCGAAAGCUGAGGUUUUCCUGACACUCAAGGUUCAUAUUGUGGUCUUUUGGGUAUUUGGGGGGGGGGAUAACUGCUUCAGGGUAAAAUUAUACCAGACGAUCUUACGAAGAUUUCUGUUCAGCAGCAUAGACACACAUAUGUAUAUAUAUAUAUUCAGUUGAGGGAUGUGGGUGUAUUCUAUCCUGGAAUUUAUACCUUAAAUUAAAAAAUAAAACAUGCAAAGUUUACCAAGA